GGAAUCCAGUUAUCAGCAUCAUGUCGAUGGGAAUAGAGAUGCAGCUUCUACUCAUCAUCGUUGCCCUAUGGCUGGGGGGCAGUGGGGCGUACAAUGUGCCCAAGGCCUCCGUCAAGGUCAAUUCGCCCAAUGGCUUCGAGGUAUCCAUACCGGACGAGCCGGGCAUCUCCCUCUUUGCCUUCCACGGCAAGGUCAACGAGGAAAUGGACGAUCUCUCGGAUCAGACCUGGGCCGCCGACAUUCUCAGCGCCCGCAACGGACGCUGGACUUACCGCAAUCGCAACCACAAACUGCAGCCCGGUGAUGUGCUCUACUACUGGACAACUGCGCGCUACCAUGGCGUCGACUAUCACAACUACAACCAGCGGCAUGUGGUCGGAGCAGGAGGAGGAGGGAGCACGCAGCGCAUCGAUGCACGGGGCAAAGCCGGAGGCCAUCAGCCGAUUGUAGUCAACGGCCAGCCAACGAUCAAUAUUUAUGUGGCAUAAAUUAUAUAAAAAUGAAAGCGUAAA